GACUUUGUACGGAAAGAAAAAGAAACAACAAAACAAACGCUUUAGAGAAAGAGGAAAGAAACAUGGCGGCGGCUGGGAGACCCGGAGCUUCACCACGGAGCUCCGUGUGACACCAGGCCGGUCUGUGAGCGUCUGUCAGCGGGGAAACGGCACCGAGAAGCAGCGCGCCCUGCGGACUUCAUGGCUGCUGUGACAGCAACACGGUUGAAGCUUGAGGGGAUACAGCUACGGCCGCGAGAGUUACCCUUACGUUUAGACACCAAACCGACUAGUUAGCUAAGUUUAGAAAAACAAGAUCGUGGCUUGGGUUGAAACACUCCUGUGUUUCCUGGGUGAAAGUAUUAAAAUAUUAUUAAAUUUGCCGAGAUCUUGCGUAGCUUCCGGCCGUUGCUGUAUCCCUUCUAGCCACUCGCACAGUCAUGACAGAUUCAGCGGGAGGGUCGCAGCGCUGCGCCCGGGUCGGGGCUCCGGGUCGCGGCGGCGGCAGGUCCGCCUCGGAGACCCGCUGGAGGAGACACAUCGUCGGUCAGCUGAAGCACCGAGACCUGAGCCAGCACGCCAAGUUCCAGGAUCUGAUCCGCUUCUACACUCAGCUGCUGGAGAAGAGCAGCCUGACCAAAGGACUCCUGAACCACUCCUCCAGGUGUCCCUCCGCUGACAGCAGCUGCUCCGUCAGCUCUCUGAAGAAAACUACAGGAGAGCUGGCCUAUCAGGUGCUGGAGCUGCAGCAGCAGAUUAAAAUCAGAGAAAGUGUUCUGGACGAGCAGCAUGCCAGACUGGUGGAGGGGGAGCGCCGGCUGGAGGGGGCGUUGGAUGCGCGGCAGGCGCUGCGGGGGCGGGUGGAGCAGGUUCAGGCGGACAACGGAACGCUGAAGGCGGAGUACGAUGCGUUGCUGGAGCGACAGCGAGCGGCCGAGACGAGCCUGAGAGACGAGACGCUGCGAGAGGGACGCCUGCUGAAGGACAUCAUCCAGCUGAAACAGCAGGCCGCAGAGCGCCUGAACUGCCGCAACGAACGCAAGUCCAGAGCUCGAGAAGCCAAGCUGCAGAAAGAAAAGAAAGACCUGCAGACUGCUGACAGGUCAAAGGUCACCAUGGACAGUUGUUGCAGCGCUCCAUCGUCCCCGGAGACGGCCGAGACGCCGGCCAGAGGCCACACCAGACUCUUCAGAUCUGCGUCAGCGUCGUCUCCCAGGAUCCUCUCCUCCAUCAGAGAGCUGUUUGACAGGAAGAGGCGUGGCCACUCGGUCUGCAGUCUGGAGGAGGAUCUGAUGUUUCCCGUACGAAUCUGCCUCUCAGCCAGAGUCCCGGCCAGAGCACUACAAGUCCUGGAGGCCCAUGAGCAAGGCAUCAAUGCGGUGCGGUUCAGCUCCAGCUCUGACCUGCUGGCCACCGGAGGAACCGACCGACUCGUCAAGCUGUGGGCCGUCCGAGCAGGCUCGCUGAGUCACCGGGCGACUCUGGAGGGCAGCAGCGGCGGGAUCACCUGCAUCGAGUUCGACCCCUCGGGCUUCAGGAUCCUCGCCGCCUCCUACGAUAAGUCGGCCUUGUUGUGGCGGCUAGAUGACCCCGCCCCCAAGCUGACUCUGACAGGUCACAGCAGGAAGGUAACAGCGGCGAGGUUCAGCAGUGUUCACCAGGUGGUGACGGGCAGCGCUGACGGCACCGUCCGCCUCUGGGACCUGCAGCGGGCCGCCGCCUGUGUGCAGGUAGUCACAGUGUCGUCGUACUGCAGCGACCUCGUCUGCUCGGAGAACUGCGUCAUCAGCGGACACUUCGACUCCAAGAUCAGAAUCUGGGAUUGCAGGAUGGUCAGCUGUGUUCAGGAGCUUCCUGCUCCGGGGAAAGUCACCUCGCUGGACGUCAGCGCUGACCACAGUCAGCUGCUCAGCUGUUGCCGUGACGACUGCCUCCAGCUGGUGGACCUGAGGAGGUGGAGCAACGACCGCGUGUGCUUCAGAGCGGAGGGUUUUAAAUGUGGCAGUGACAGCACCAAAGCUGUGAUCAGUCCGGACGGUUGUUUCCUGGCAGCCGGAUCAGCAGACGGCGCCGUUUACAUCUGGAACGUCUCCACGGGCAACCUGGAGACCCGCCUACCUGACAAACACAGUUCGCCCAUCAGUGCCGUGUCCUGGUCUCUGUCCGGAGAAUACGUCGUCAGUGUGGACAAGAGUAGCCGGGCCGUCCUGUGGAGUGACAUCUGAAACAGCCAAUCCACGAUGAGGUCAUGUUUACAGACGGUCUGAUACCAUAUUUUACUAUCGAGACCGUUUCCAAUACCUGAACUUGCGUCUCGGCUCUUACCGAGUACCGACCCGAUACCAGUGUGUUUU